AUGGUAGCGGAGCAGAUGCAUCAGACAACCAUCUCCAAAUUGCUCUCACAACAAGCAUUGAAAAAUGAAAGAGUCCUGAUUCUGAAAAACAAAACGUCACCUGCAACGAAUGUCGCCUUUGAACUGACCUCGUUUCCCUCCUGGUCUAGGCAUUGUCUUCGUCGAACACCAGCCCGUGUCCUGGGCUCACUACACUCGGUUCCCACCACAUUCACAGCUCGGUCAAGGUGUCUUGCUAUCUAUGAAAUUUCAAAUAUCCGAAUCCAGACGGCACAUAUUGCAGCUUCCCAAAUUCGAUUGAACUCAUCCCAGAGCACUUCAUUGCCUCGGUCUGGCACAAGUGAACAGACAGAGUACGAUCAGCAGACGCAACGCAUUGCAGGGGAAACAACACAAGCGCCUCGAGCUGAAUCCUCGACGCAAAAUUUGCCAUCUGCCAAGACGACCGAGAACGCUCAUAAGGUCAAAAUUCCUCCCAACGAGACAGUAUACAUCGGGAAUCUCUUUUACGACAUCACCGCCGAAGAUCUAAGGAAACACAUGGAGAAGUUUGGUACUGUCCUACACACAAUGAUUGUCCAUGAUAAUCGGGGCCUCAGCAAAGGCUUUGGCUAUGUCCAAUUUAAUACUAUCGAAGAAGCAACCGCUGCGGUCGAAGGCAUGCACUCCACAAUUAUGGAGGGCCGCCAAGUAGUCGCACACUACGCCCGCAGCCACUUCAAUUACCAGCGCGCAUCCUAUCCACCGACUGAAACGCUCUUCAUCGGCAGCCUUCCCCUCGAAAUGACAGACCGCGAUUUGCAGGACCUCUUCUACGAUGUGAAGAAUUUGACCGAUGUUCGCAUCCCCGUUGACCGACGAUCCGGAAUGCCCCGAGGCUUUGCGCAUGUGGAAUUCAUCGAUACCGAAGCGGCCAUGCAAGCUAUGGAGAUUCUGGCGAGGAAAAGGCCCUAUGGGCGAAAGCUGGUCGUCACAUUUGCGGAAAGAAAACGAGUCGGCAUGAUGAAGCCUAGGCCGGAAGCCAUUGAUCGGGAACAGGUUAAAGCAGAGGCGGCUGCGAGAAGGAGAGAUCGGGCUAGACGGGAAGCCGAGGAGGCCGAGAAGGCAUUGGAGAACGAGAUGCUGUCGGCCGAGGAAGCGAAGCCGGACGGACUGCCGCUGCCGGAGAAAGGAAAGGCGUAG